GGGAGUAGCGGCAGUGGAGGUGGGAGGAAGAAGAAGAUGUUAUGGAGGUGCACCAGUAGACAAUUUGAACUGGGUUUAGCCUAGGCUACUUAAUAUCUAGUCUAUUCUAAGAAGGACAAUUCCGAACCGACUAACAUCAUCAUUCUAGUCUAGGCUAAUUAGCCUAGACUAGAAUCUAGUCUAGGCUAAAAAUUCAUCAUCCCCACCCACCUUCAUCUCGCUCUUCCGUCGACAGGACUUUGUCGCGCCUACAAAAAGAGGUGCGAUUUCUGCUGUCCCAGUCCGAGCGGAUCUUUUUACCACAAGGUGUGACGGCGCCAGAACGAUUUAGUGAGCAGGUUCUGGCUUGGAAACGAUCCCACAAAGUUCAGCAGGAAGCCAACAUCCUAGCAGCGCUUACCGGUAAUAGCGGUGGUGGGAAUAAGUUAAGAGCAGGGAUAUAUAACAAAAUAUUUCUCUGUGGCCCGAGAACGCGGUGACUUUUGGCUCAUCGCAUUUCGUUCUCCGGAGUCGCCUUCCGGGGCUUAAAUAUUAUACAAUAAUGUUUCGUCUCGUCCCCAUGAUUAUCCACCGUUGCACGCGUUUUAUCUAACCUCAAACCAAGACGCCGUUCACGACCACGCCGAUCCCACGAGAAAUCUAGCAGACCGCGGGCUCUUGGACCAACAUUUCCCAGGUUCGAGUGGCAUCGGCACCCCCUCUGACCUCCACCAUCACGAAACAGCCGCCAACGUAGAACAGCUUUUGCACCUAGUCAAUUACCGUGACAAGGUGCUUUCCGCGAUUCUCUACGCUCAGCUGUACAGAUAUGCAGUUCUUUUGUGGGAUUUGAGAGUAGAGGUGGAAUUUUCCGACAAUACCAUGAAUGAAUUGCGGGAAGGGCUGUCUGCGCAUCACUCGAAACAUGGCACAGUGUUGGAUGCGUAUCCUCAGGUGGCAUUGCCGUCUUUUGGGACAGCGGAGGAAGUGGCUACGUGUAGUAUUAAUUCCGUGGUUUCUAAUGAUCCUAUUGAUGUUAUUCGCAGCUCAUUCUUCUCGUCGUCUAACUACAUCUUCUGUUGAACGUGGUUCUCCUUCUCUAUUCUUGAUGGUUUGACACCAACUCCUUUUCUUCACCACCAGCUUCCUCCGCGCUCCCCUCGUUUCCGUCGUACCUGGUUUCUCUUCUCAAAGAAACCGAGAAUCUGGAUACCCACUUACGCACACAACACCUGGGUAAAGCGACGCAAAUCGAGAGGCAUUCAGUGGCCUGUGCAGAUUUACGGAGAGAAGCAGCGCAUUUUUUCAGGAAGUCAGAGGCAUUAGAAACAGAACUCCAAGAAUUGAAGGCGAAACAUAUGCUUGUCAGCAAAAGUGGAGGAGAUGAUGGGCGGGGAGGCGGAGGAGUUAUGAUUCUCAACGCAGUUAGAGUUAGUACAACUGAUGAUCUGAAAUGAUCUCAAUCACCAUGUACUUAUAGAUACAUAGAUGUUGUCUUCUCGUGGUCUUCUAAUCGGCGUUCCGCUUCCUCCUCCAUAGGCGUCUGCUCUUGAUCAUGUGGUCUUCUAAUCGGCGUUCCGCUUCCUCCUCCAUAGGGGUCUGCUCUUGAUCAUGUGGUCUUCUAAUCGGCGUUCCGCUUCCUCCUCCGGUCGUCCUCACGGAUCCACCAGAGCAGCGACUGUAGCCGCUUCCAGCUCCGCUUCCGCGCAUCUCGUAGAACAGACGAACGAACUGUUUCUACAGGCUGUCAGAGAAAAAGGCGAUUUAGCUCAAGAAUUAGCGGUGGCAAAGGAGCACUUGCAAGACCUUUCCCAUCAGAAGCGGGAAUUGACGACUGAAGUGGCGGAAGUGAAGAAGAAAUUCGGUCAGCUAGAAGUCGUGGUCGACCUGGCGGAAAGAGCAGAAGGCAAAUUGGAACUGCUGUUGAACGAUGCGGCUCUCUUGACAAAAGUGUUUCGACAGCAGGUCUUGGACAAUCAAGACUUGAAGAAAAAAGUAGACACGUUGGAAUCCAGGGUAGCGGAACUAGAAUCCAGCAAUGUGGUGUUGGAGAAAACGUGUCGACAAGCAGAGAGUGAAGUGCGACACAAAGAGGCACUGCUGUUUCGGCUCACUGCGGCGAAACUUAAUGCAGACAAGCAAUUCUGUGAAAUGCGAGCAGAAUUGCAGGAUAGAAUGAAGGAGUGCGUGUAAAGAAGUGUCCGAAGUAUUAUUUUUUCAAGGUCAGUCAGAGUCAACACAGGUGUCGGCUACAGUGAGUCAAUUUCGUCCAAAGACCUAAACUGCAAGUUUCAGUGAUUUUUCUGCAGUGCAGAGAUCAGCCACAUUGAUGAUGUCGAAUAAGUUCUUUUAUCAAGAAAAAGACUCAGGGAUAAGCCGAUAGAUGAUAA